AUGGGGAAAGAGUCCUUUUAUUUUGCCGUUUCAGAUCUUGAUGGAUCGACUGGCUUCUCAAUCAGCGUAGACAACAAUUUCACUGGAGAGGCUGGCUUGUGCAUCAGAGUAUUCUGCUCUUUCACUGUUCCUCAAAACCUUUCAGAACCCCUCAAAGGUAUGUGGUUCAAAGGAGAUCCACAAAACCCAACUAUCGAAUUUCCUUGUUUUAACUUUGGCAGUUAUUCCGAUGAAGAAGAUUGCAGCUUUCUGCUAGGCGACUUGAUUCCGGGGAAAUCAGAUGGUGAAUACAGAUUCAAAGUGGAGUAUGGACAAGGGAAGAUAUAUAUUUUUCCUCAGACAGUAACAGUUACUGUGAAAGAGCUCACCCAGAAACCAGCAAUAAACGUUCCAGUACUUACAGCAGGAGAGAUGGCAGAGAUAUCCUGUCAAAUUAGUGGGAAUUGUCCAUUGACCAAAACAGAAAUUGUAUGGAAAGGGAUUGAUGAUGAAUUUGAAGUCAAGUUAUACAGUUAUGGGGUACCUGGGAAGGAAAACAAAUUUUCAGUGAUAACUUUCAAUACUAAGCAGGAGCAUCACAAUACUAAUCUCACCUGCACAGUAAUAUUUGAAGGAAACAUCCAGGCUGAAAGGAGCGUGACCCUGGAAUUAAGUUAUGCCCCUAUAAUCCUGAAUAGCUCCUGUUGUACCCUGUGGGGUGAUGAAUUAACCUGCGUUUGUGUCAGUGAUGGUGUGCCAUUACCCCAGAUACACUGGCCACUGUUGAGUAUUGCACCUAAAUAUUAUAGCAUUGUUACAUCAGAGGAGAACUAUAGCGUCAGCACCAUCUCCAUUUCUGGAUUCAGACCCACCAACACCUCAACUAUUGGAUGUGUCAGUAGCAAUGCUAUUGGUGAGACACAAAUGGAAAUCCAAGUGCAAAGUCAGGCUGUAAAAGUAAGUGGGAGUUUGUCUACCCUUUGGAUGUUCUUUACUCUUUCCAUUGUUCUACAUGUCAUCAUCGCUGUCUGUAUGACAUUUGUUAUUGACCGGAGAAGAGAAAAAUGUAAGAAACCAAAGGAUGACAACCAUAUCUACAUGACUACAUUGAAGACAGAAGAAUCUCUGUAUGAGUCUAUUAACUUGUCUGCAGAGCGUUCUUAA